AUGACCAGGAAGAUCUUCACAAAUACCAGGGAGCGGUGGAGACAGCAGAAUGUCAACAGUGCAUUUGCCAAUCUGAGGAAGCUCAUCCCUACUCACCCUCCAGACAAAAAGCUAAGCAAAAACGAGACUCUUCGCCUAGCAAUGAGGUAUAUCAACUUCUUGGUCAAGGUCUUGGGGGAGCAAAGUCUGCAGCAAACGGGAGUGGCUGCUCAGGGAAACAUUCUGGAGCUCUUCCCCCAAGGACCACAUCUGCCAGGCCUGGAGGACAGGACUCUACUUGAUGACUACCAGGUUCCUUCACCUGGCCCAAGCCACCAUAUUUCAUAG